UACAGGCCUCUUCUGCUUCAGUUUGGGUUAUUUGAUCAGGUGCGUGUUGAUCAUGGCACAGAGUUCUGUCUCUGCAUCUUUGUACAGGAGCUACUCAAGAAUAGACGUCAUGAUAACAGCAGGGCCCCUUGGAGGCAAACAACAUCCACCAAGAAUUACAGGGCAGAGAGGCUUUGGCCAGAGGAAAAUUCCAGAGUAAACUAUCCGCUUAAAAAGGCACUCUGCAUUAUAAAAGAGCAAGAGAUCUUCAACAUGGAAGAUCCUAUGGUUAGUUUUGCUGUAUCCUGGCUGACCAUAAAUGUCAGCAAAGUGGGAUCUGAAAACUUUGUUAAUUCUUGGAACCAUCACCGAAUUCCAGGACCCAAAGGAUGUAUACCCAUUGAGAAAAUGAGAGGGACAAAUCAGGCUGUGCCAUUGGAACCACAUUUGAUUCCUACAACUCCAGAGGCUGUACGAAUGUAUGAAGAACGAGGCGGAAGGCUGAAUACUGACCCCAGCAUUGGUUAUGAUCCAAUCGCAUGCUAUGAUCACCUUCAAGAGUCAAGGGAGCAUUUAUUUCUUUCUCGAAACUCCUCUUUUGCAAGCAUAUUUUGUGAUGUUGUUCAUGACAGGAUUGACACAUUUGUUACUGCAAUUAAAAGUUUUAUUGAAAUAACAGAAUUCCUUGCCCAAACAGAGGCCACUUCAUAACUGGAGAACUAAAACAUUAACUACAAGUUGAACUGCAAUCAAAAAGAAAAUAUAAACUUUUUUCCAUAAAGUAAGAGUAACUGAUAAUUAGUAAUUUCAGUCAAUGCCUGGCACACACAAGUUAAUCAACAAAGGCAUUAAAACUCCAAAUGUUGUUCCAGGCUUAUCUGCAUAUCCUAAUGAAAUAUCAACAAACUAUUAUAAGCUAUCAGUAACAGAUGUAUAGAAAUUAAAGAAUUUCAUUGUCCACAUCUUCCUCAUCCUGCACAUCAAUCUUUGCUUCCCGUAAGGCUGAAGUAACAGAAAAGUCAGGAAUCCCUAAGAUUCCAGCUAGUCCACUGACUUUCAGUGGCUUCCUCAGUUGUGGAUCAGGCAGGCUAACCCUGCACAGAGGGCAAUCCUCUAUUUUGGAUGCACAUAAAAAACAGCCUAUUAGCUGGCCACAGCCAGUCACACAAAAAUACAUUACUGCAGCACUGGUUUGUUGGCAGAUGACACAGGUAAACACCUGCUUAAGCUUUUUAACUUCCUUGUUUGAUUCUAUAUUAUCUUUAAUUUCAAGGAACAUACUCUUUAUCUCAGACAUGUCU